CGUGAAGCAAACACCAUUUAGACACACAACAAGAACCAACCCAAUACGCAUCAUCAUCAUCAGAACCCCUAAAUUCCAGGAAGAGAGAAGAUAAAUAUCUCAAGCUAAAGCUUCAAGCCUCGAUCUGGGGUUUCCAUAAAGUCUCAAGCUUUCGAUUACAAACACGCUAGAACUCUAUUUGCUUCCAAACCUCGCUUAAAGGGUCUCUCUGUAUUCAUCUUUCUGUCACAAUUCUGAAAAAAAAAAAUUGAAGCUUGAUUUGGUUCAACAGAGAGAGAGAGAGAGAGAGAUAAAGCAGAGAUGUGUAGUUUGUCAGCGAACAUGUUGUUACCAACAAAGCUGAAACCUGCUUAUUCAGACAAACAGAGUUAUUGUACCACCAACUCACUCCUUGUCUCCAACACAAGACCCAAGAGGAAGAAGAACCAAUCCACUGUUCCUAUGGCAAGAUUGUUUGGACCAGCUAUCUUCGAAUCAUCCAAGCUGAAAGUAUUGUUUCUAGGGGUUGAUGACAAGAAGCAUCCACCAACGCUCCCAAGAACUUACACUCUGACUCACAGUGACAUUACAGCUAAACUAACUCUAGCUAUUUCUCACUCCAUUAACAAUUCUCAGUUGCAAGGAUGGGCAAAUAGGAUAUACAGAGAUGAAGUGGUAGCAGAAUGGAAAAAAGUGAAAGGGAACAUGUCUCUUCACGUCCACUGUCACAUUAGCGGUGCCCAUUUCCUCUUAGAUCUCUUCCCAAAGUUUAGAUACUACAUCUUUUCCAAAGAACUACCCGUUGUGUUGAAUGCUAUUGUUCACGGAGAUGGCAACCUGUUGAACAGCUAUCCCGAGUUACAAGAAGCUCUUGUUUGGGUUUAUUUCCAUUCUAAUGUCGAUGAGUUCAACAGAGUCGAAUGUUGGGGUCCGCUUUGGGAAGCUACUUCGCACGAUGGUCACAGGACUCAGACUCUCCCUGAGACUCUGUGCAAGGAGGAGUGCGGUUGUUGUUUCCCAACUGUUAGCUCCAUUCCUUGGUCUCAUAGUCUUACUAACGAAGGUGUUACUGACUACCCUGGGACUCAGGCCGAGGGAAUGUCUACUCCAAGUCCGGAGAAAAUCUAGUGAUUCAACUAAUAUACAAGUUUCUUUUUAGUGAAAUCUUUUGUAGAUCUAAUAUUGGUCUGGUUUGGUUUAGUGUACAUGAUGUGGUAUAGGAAAAUAAUGAUUAUUUGUAGGUUUAAUAGUACUAAAUUAAGUUAUAAAUGUUUAAUAUUAUGCGUCUC